GGGAGAGCAGGGGAUGUAGUUCCAGGCGGAAGGGGCAAAGGCGGGGAAGUGAAAAUAAACUUGGAGAACAGAUUUGGCCAGAGAGGUUUCCAGAACGAGGCCAGGAUGGGCCUAAAAUGCGAAACUGGGGCGUUGGCACUAUCCUGAGGGUGAUGAGGAAGGGUUUUGACCUGGAGAGGAACCUGGAGGAUUUAAGUCAGAAAGAUCCUCUGGCCACACUGAGAGGAGGUCCUUCCAUACACCAAGACCUUGGCCGGGUCACUUCCCUUCUGGCCUCCUCUCGCGUUCUGUAAACUGGUGGGAAGAUUGCCGGCAUCCCGAAAAGGCUAGGCGGUUCAUUCUGAGUCAGGGGUCAGGAGUCAGGCAUUUAAUGAACUCUCUGGUGGUGUGAAACCCCACUCUUCUCUCCUGUGUUUCAUUUCAUUCCAUACACGUUUAUUGAGCACCUACCGUGCACCAGCCCCUUUCUCUGCCCUGGGGCCACACUGGGGAACCAGACAGGCCAAACCUCCUGGUUCCAGCCGGGAGACUGAUGAGGAGCAAAUAAAUAUAAGAAGUCAGAUGGUGGUAUGUGCUAUGGAGGAAAGUAAAGCAGAUGAUGAGGAGAACUGGGGGCUGCACUGAAACCAGGUGGUGGGGAGGCAUCACUAAGAUAACUGUUUUUUCCCCUAAUUUCAAAAAUUGUGGUAAAAUAUACAUAACAUAAAAUUUACUGUCUUAGCCACUUUUAAGUGUAUGGUUUAGCAGUAUUAAAUACAUUCAUAAUCUUGUGAAACCUUCUCCACCAUCCAUCUGCAGAACUUUCUCAUUUUCUCAAACUGAAACUUAGUCCCCACUAAACACCAACUCUCCAUCCCCUCCCCCAGCCCCUGUCACUCACCAUCUACUUUCUGUCUCUGUGAAUCUGACUCCUCUAGGGACCUCACAUAAUUGGAAUCUUACAGUAUUUGUGUUUUUGUGUCUGGCUUAUUUCACUGAGCAUAAUGUCCUCAGGGUUCUUCCAUGUUGUAGCAUGUGUCAGAAUCUCCUCCCUUUUAAAGGCUUAAUAACAUUCCCUUUUAUGUAUAGACCAUGUUUGUUUAGCCGUUAAUCUGUUGAUGGACAGUGGGGUUGCUCCCACGUUUUGGCUACUACAAAUAAUGCUGCUAUGAAUGUGAGUGUACAAAUGAGAUGACUUUUGAGCCAAGACCUAGUGGAGGUGAAGAGGGAGCCAUGUGGGUGUCUGGGCAAAGGGCAUUCCAUACAGAGGGCACAGCCCACGCAAAGGCACUGAGGCUGGACCACACCUUGCGUGUUGGAGGAACGGUGAAGAGGCCUGUGUGGCUGGAGCAGAGUCUUUGACCCCCCUGAGGAGUUGGAGCAGAAGGUGUGGGAGCUGGCGCAGCUAGUCUGGCAGUCCUCCAACGUGGUGUUCCACACAGGCGCGGGCAUUAGCACCGCCUCAGGCAUCCCCGACUUCAGGGGCCCCCAUGGCGUCUGGACGAUGGAGGAGCAGGGCCUGGCACCCAAGUUCGACACUACCUUCGAGAACGCGCGGCCCACGAAGACCCACAUGGCACUGGUACAGCUGGAGCGCGUGGGCCUCCUCCGCUUCCUAGUCAGCCAGAACGUGGACGGGCUGCAUGUGCGCUCCGGCUUCCCCAGGGACAAGUUGGCAGAGCUUCACGGAAACAUGUUUGUAGAAGAAUGUGUCAAGUGUAAGACGCAGUACGUCCGGGACGCCGUCGUGGGCAGCAUGGGCCUGAAGGCCACAGGCCGGCUCUGCACAGUGGCCAAGUCAAGGGGGCUGCGGGCCUGCAGGGGGGAGCUGAGAGACACCAUCCUGGACUGGGAGGAUGCCCUGCCUGACCGGGACCUGGCUCUCGCCGACGAGGCCAGCAGGAACGCGGACCUGUCCGUCACCCUGGGCACCUCCCUGCAAAUCCGGCCUAGUGGGAACUUGCCACUGGCCACCAAACGCCGCGGAGGCCGGCUGGUCAUCGUCAACCUUCAGCCCACCAAGCAUGACCGUCAUGCCGACCUGCGUAUCCACGGCUACGUAGAUGAGGUCAUGACCCGGCUCAUGAAACACCUGGGCCUUGAGAUCCCAGCCUGGGAUGGCCCCCGCGUGCUGGAGAGGGCGCUGCCGCCCCUGCCCCGCCCGCCAGCCCCCAAGCUGGAGCCCAAGGAGGAGACCCCCGCCCAGCACAACGGCCCAGCGCCUGCCAGCCCCAAGCAGGAGCCCACAGUGGAGCCCUCUGCCCAGCACAACGGCUCUGGGCCCGCCAGCCCCAAAAGGGAGCGGCUGGACAGUCCUGUCCCCCACAGGCCCCCCAAAAGAGUGAAGGCGGAGGUGGUUUCCAGCUGACCAGGGGGCCUGGGGAGGGCGGGGCUUUUUAUAGAAACUAUGGAUUCUUUUUUUUCUUACUGGUCUCACUUUGUUACUUGUCUCUGUCCUUGGGGGGAGCCCUCAGGGCGCUGAGAGCUGGGCUCCAGACUCCGGGGCAGACUUGCCCUUCAUUGCACCCCCCUUUAG